CAGUGGUGAUCCAGCCACAGGGUUAUGGGCGGCCAAGGCACGUGAGGAGCAAAGGCUGACGAUCCAACAGACAAGCUGAAAUUGCUGAAGAAGUUAAUGCUGGUUCUGACAGAAAGGUGUCACAAUACACAGUACAUGACGAGUUUGGGCAGCGAAAGGGGGACCAACACAAUAUUAGACAGGUAGUCAUAAUGUUAUGCCUGAUCGGUGUCGUUCAGUACAGUAAGUAUUACUUUGCGUUUUCAUAAAACUUCAGUUACUGCUGUUUCAACAAUAAUCCUUUUGCAGUCUAGGUUUGAGAGUAUAGUGGCCAGAUAAAUUACUUUUAAUGGAGAAGUACAAACCAUAAUACUUGCCACAACAGCGGCAUAGCUGAGCGUGCAGCAGACUACAUGAGCUCCAUAUACAACAACCUCGAGGAUUCAGCAUCAGCAGCACAGCAUCAUCAGCAUCAACGCAGUUUUUAAGCAUUAGAGUCUGAUUGACCGACCAUGAUUCUGCAUUCUCCUCCACUAACCGCAUACACCUUGAUGGUGUUUUUGUCAUGUAUGAUCGGACUGACUGCUGCUUCGACGGGCUACCAGAAACCAAGCUUCCUGGAUUUUGAUUCCUGGUGGUAUCACACACCCCGCGGCCCUCAGAUAUUCUCCUGCCUCACCUACUUGGAGAGGAAUGUGCGUGUGGAUUGUGAGUUCCCGAUAAGCGACAAGAUCCCUGGGCCGUUCUGCGAGUUCAAACAGGAUGGACGCCUGAUGGGCACCACGAAUCCCAACAACCCAGUGCACCUCAUCCCUCCUAUAGAGACCAGACGUCGUACUAACGUCACAUUGGUGCCUCCCAACAUCUGCCGCCUCACCUGGAUGCCGAUGUCAGACGACCGAGCAUAUGCUUACACCUGCAGGGUGUAUCAGGGAAGCACCUGGAAAGAGAAUAGCAUGGCCUUUUCCCAAAGAAAUCUUCUAAUUUGCUCUGCGUUGAACACAGUAGCUCACACUGCACUCUGGAUUGCUUCCAUCGCCAUCUCAAUUCCUGUCUCUCUGGGGCUUCUGGCAGCAUGAUCCACAGCGGUUCUUCAACAUACAAAUCCACAAGCAUCGUGGUGUCCAUAUGGUUCUUCUGAUAAUCAGAUUCAAAACAGAUUUUUAUUUAUAUUUUACUUGGGCGUCACAGCCUGUUUAUUUAUUCCCUUCAUCAUCUUUUCCAUCUACCAGAAAAACCUUUUUCUACUUUUUUUUAAGCUCCACAGUGACAUGAUUUUGAAAUUUCCUCAUUCCAUUAAGAACACAACUCUAAGCUUUCACCAACCGCUUACUUCCACAUUAUAUGUAUUGGGUUUCAUUUAUCAAUAGUUUAUUACAAUUGGUUUUAAAUGGUUCUGUAGGCCUAACUGAACUAAAACAUCUUAUCAGAUUUCUGAAAGUAAUGGCAAAAUUGGAUCUUCUUUGUACUCAAGGACAGAUGUUGAUAAAUGCCAAGCACCCAUCUGAUUUACAUCAGCCACUGCUAAAGCUGAAAGAAAGAACAUAAAAUGUCUAAACGGUUAAAAACACCGAAGUUCAAUGUGCACUAAACUUUCUAGUUAAGCGGCUCAGCAACUGCAGCGAGUCAGCUACCACAAAUACACUAACUCUCCAUCCAUUUGCUUUCACAUCCUGUUUGAUUCAUGAUACCCAUUAAAUGUACAUGUGGUUUUCCUUGUCAAACCACAAACCUAGUUUAGAAAUUUCUACGUUUUUCAACGUUUUUUUUUUUUUUUUUUAACACUUACUAUAGUCCUCUCAUGUUUGUUGUGGCUUCUUUUUCAGAUAUCUACAUGGAGCUAUACUUUUACCUUUUGAUAUAUAAUAUUAAAUAAGAAACCACAGAGCGAGGUCAUAUUCGAGGUUAAUCUAAGCUAUUGCAUUCAUUUACGGCAACAUGCAUUAUAAUGCUUCUUGAUGCUACUCAUGUUAAAGCAAGCUAAAUGGUCUUCCAGUUUUUGCCACUGUCCUUAAUAUACAGGACAUAAUAGUCUAUAGGACAGCACUCCCAGAGACCGCCUAGGAGCAGAAAUUACUUAUUAACCCUAACUAUUAUGUAGAUUUAUUCAUAUAUUAUACACAGUGCAAUACAUUAAUAACGUAUAAAUAUAAGCAAUGUCUUCCUCUGUGCGCUCAUGCACAUUGAACUGCUUUUGCAUUCGAAUGCAUUUUUAGCACAUGCUUUUUAGGCACUUUUAGGUCACUUGCCACAUUUUGUUUGCAGGUAGUAUUAUGUGGACCGCGACCCCUAAAAACGAGCUUAAAAUCGAAACAGAAGUAAAUGCAAGACUAGAUGUACUAGAACUAGAGUUCACAGAAUCCAUUUAACCAAAUGAAGGUAGUAGCGUGAUGUUGUGACCUAAAAAUGGCUGGGAAUUUCUUCACAAGACAUCACUGUCUCAGGAUACUUCUGAGGUUUAACAGAAGUAGCGAUGCUUUGAAAAAAAUGGUCUUACGCGCAAUGUUUAUACCAUGUAACCAAGUUUUGUUGCGCUUAGAUUUUUUGCACUAAAUCAAGUGUCUGCCUCUAUACACACUCAAGUACGUCUGUCUGUGUAGACAUUUUCUGUUGCACUUCCUUGUCUUCAUCACAAGCCCAAUGUCUAUGUAUUGGAAUGCAGUGAGAAAUAAAGGAACGCAGACAGUG